AUGGCGCUGAACCCAGUUUUAGCCGAGGACGGCUCUGGGAAGCUGUUUCCGCUCCCAGCAGCGGGCGAGAUAUUCUUCUUGCGGCGGGACAACAUCGGUUUUCGACUGCGCGGCCCUGGCGCAAAUCUGAAAGGCAGCGGCUGCUUUUUCUUGAGCAGCAGUCGAAUCGUAUUCCUGCGGGCAGGGAAGGUGGAGAGCCACGGCAGCAGCUUCUCCUCCUGCGAGCUGCCGCUGCACCUGAUGCAGCAGGCGCAGUUCAAACAGCCCAUCUUCGGGGCGAACUACCUUGAGGGCCAAGUACACCCCAAACAAGAAGCAGAAAACCCUAUUCAAGGCACCAGCACUUUCACCCUCACUUUCAAUGCUGGCGGCUGUGGCACAUUCAUUAAUGUGUUCUUCAGGCUGUGGAAAAAUGCACUCAGCCACCAACAGCCAGACAACUCCCUGCUGCAGCAGCUGCAUCUGGGCGCUGGAGCAGCAUUCGUUGACCCAAGCGAUCCUUCUGUGGUUUACGUCACGCAGCCACAACCAGCGAACCAGCCGGGGCAGCAGCAACAAAUGCCUCCAUACUGGCAGCAGCAGCAGCAGCAGCCGCCCUACUCGCCGCAGCAACAGCAGCAACCGCCCUAUUUGCCUCCGCAGCAACAGCCGCCCCACGCACCUCUGCAGCAGCAGCAACCUCCUUUUGCCCCCCAGCAGCAGCUGCAACCACCAGCGUGGGGACAGCCGACGCCACAGCAGUACCCGCAGCCAUACGGAGCUCCGCAGCAGCAGCAGCCGGCACCUCAGGGGCAGCCGCCCAUGUCUCCGUACUACCAGCAGCCGCAGCCGUGGCAGCAGCCCCCACUGUUUCCUCAAGGGCAGCAGGCGUGGCAGCAACAGCCAUACUGGCAGCAGCCCCAGCAGCAGCAACCACAGCCGCAGCCGUACUGGCAGCAGCCCCAGCAACAACAGCCACCACAGCCACAUCAACAGCCUUACUGGCAGCAGCCCCAGCAGCAGCAGCAACCUCCUCCACACCAGCAGCCGCAGCAGCAGCCGCAGGCGCAGCAACAGCAGCCACAGGCCCAGCAGCUGCGGCCACAGGUUCCAACUUUCCCAGAGGAGCCCGCUCGAACAAAUGCUCAAGCGCCAUCUUUAAUAUGA